AUGUCCUCUUCCCAGGCCCAGGACAGACUCCCGGACCAUGUCCGCAACGACAUCUAUGCUGCGCUGCUCUCAGGGUCCGGCAUCCGCAACAUCGAGGACACCCUCAACCACCAGAUGCAAGCAACUGGUUUCAAGGCCACGCUCAAGGCCUACGUCAACCAUUUGCUGCGAGUCGAAGGCGUGGCCACGUUUCCGGAAAUCAUGGCAAAAGUCGAAGCCAAGGUCCUGCACGACACCCAGGCCGCGAAGAACAAGGACGCCGCCAACGGUGUAAAUGGGGUGAACGGCCACAGCAGCGAGGGCGACGACUACAACCUCGCCCUGCCAACCAGCGUUUCCAAGGAGGGUGCCAAGGCCGUACUUAAGGAGCUCGACAAAGUCUGCGAUAUCACUGCUGAGGAGAAGUGA